AUUGUAUAAUGGUGGUUAGACUCUCCUGAUGUAUAGCUACACCACUCGGCACUCCUCCUUAGCUUUAGGAGUCAUUAGUUGUAACUUGGGUAUUAAACCCACAAUCCCACUCAAUGCAAAUCACGUCAUUAAUCCUCUACAUGGUAUCAGAGCUGCGCUCCGAUCUCCUUAACCCUUCUUCUCGUGAAACCCUUACCCUCUUCUAUCUCUUUCUCCUUUCGCCGCCGCCAUGUCUCAACACUCAGGCGAGAGCGUUAUCAAUCUUGAUGAUUCAAACACCAUCAUCACCCUCAAUCCCGCCUCUCAGCUUCCACAAAAACUGACUGGUGAAAAUUUUCCCACCUGGCAUGCGCAAUUAUUCACGCUUCUCCGCGGCCUUGCCCUCCUCGGCUUCAUUGAUGGACCCAUCCUCCACCGGCUUCUGAUGCUCCUCCUGCUGAUCACACACGCUGGUACAGGCAAGACCAGCUUCUUCUUCAUUCAAUUCUGGCCUCUGUCUCCCCUGCGGUUACACCCUAUGUCACCGCUGCCAAAUCUUCUCACGAAGCCUGGACUAUCCUCGAGCGCAUGUAUGCAAGUCAAUCGCGGCAGAGGGUUAUGAACCUCAAGCAGAAGCUUGCUCGCGAGACUCAGGGCAAUCGACCGGUCGCCGUCUAUCUCCAAGUGAUGCGCACAACCGCCGCUGAACUUGCUCUUGUUCAAGCACCCGUCACCAAUGAAGAUCUUAUUCUCCACAUUCUCCGCGGCCUUCGCGAGGAGUAUGACAAUCUCUCUGCUGCCGUCCGCGCUCGUGAUACCACGAUUGCUCUUGAAGAUCUCCAUGAUCGUUUGGUUGACUAUGAGGCUAAGCUCGCUGCCAUUCGUCAUCGCUCUUCAUCGGCGCCAACUACGGCCUUCUCUGCAGGUCGUGGUCGCUCCUCGCCUCCUGCUCGCGGCCGGGGCAGCCCUCGUCGUCAACAAAUGGCCGGUCCCUUCUAUUAUUCGGACUCAGCUCCCCGUGGCCACUCUCCUUCUCGCGGCCCUCCUGCCUCGACUGCCCUUCCAUCGGCGUCUUCUCUUCUUGGCCGCCCGCCGCUCCUAUGCCAAUUCUGUGACAAGCAGGGUCACACGGCCAAGGAAUGCUAUCGCAUUCGUGGCCGUCCGCAGGUGCAUCACACUACUACCGCUGGCUAUCCCUCCUCCAACUGGCUUGUCGACACCGUUGCCACCAACCAUGUCACUCCCGAUCUCGGUGAUCUCUCUCUCUAUACGGAUUAUCAUGGUCCCGACGAGGUUCUAGUCGGCGACGGGUCAGGUCUGCUGAUCUCUCACAUUGGCGAUUCUCAUAUCUCUACUUCUUCAGCUUGUUUAUCUCUUCGUGAUAUGCUUUGUGUUCCGGCUAUCAAACGCCGCUUGUUAUCGGUUGCUCAAUUGUGUAAAUCUAACCCGGUUUCGGUGGAAUUUUUCUCUGAUUGUUUUGUUGUGAAGGACCUAGCCACGGGGGCGCCUCUUCUUCGCGGCCAGAAUAAGGAUGACGUGCAUGAGCUUCCUGCGGCUGCCUCCCCAGUUCGCCUCGCCAUGACCACCACCAAAACUCCCUCUACCACUUGGCACAAUCGUCUGGGCCAUCCCAAUCAUCGGCUGCUUACCCGUCUGCUUCGUACUCUAUCCCUCCCUGUCUCUUCCAAUUCUCACUUUCAUUCAUGUGUUUCUUGUGCACUCAAUAAGAGCCAUAAGCUCCCCUUUUCGGUUUCCACUUUGACCAGCACUCGCCCUUUCGAUUUACUCUAUAUGGAUGUUUGGGGUCCUUCCCCGGUUGUUUCAAUUGAUUCCUUUUCCUAUUAUUUAGUGCUUGUCGAUCAUUUUACGCGUUACACUUGGCUUUAUCCUUUGUCCCGCAAAUAUGACGUUUCACAUGUCUUCACUACCUUCACAAAAAUGAUUGCCAAUUAUUUUCAUACAUCCAUUCGCCGUGUGUAUAGUGAUGGCGGGGGUGAGUUCCAGAAGCUAUGUUCUUUUUUCCAAUCUACAGGCCUCACCCACCUGCUCACCCCGCCUCAUACUCCCCAACAUAAUGGGUUAGCCGAAUGUAAGCACCGUCACGUCGUCGAGACUGGUCUUGCUCUACUGCACACGGCUAAUCUCCUGCUCUCCUUUUGGUCUCAUGCAUUUCAAACAGCUACGUAUCUCAUCAAUCGCCUCCCUUCUUCCUCUUUGCGUGGUUUAACUCCUUACUUCUCUCUUUUUAUUGAACAUGCCAAUUAUCUUAAGCUUCGAACCUUUGGCUGUCUUUGUUACCCAUGGUUGCGGCCCUAUUCACCCCAUAAACUCGCCCCUCGAUCUCGACCUUGUCUAUUUCUCGGCUACUCUCCCACCCAAAGCGCCUACAAAUGCUAUGAUCCUGCUACCCAACGUGUCUUCGUCUCCCGCCAUGUCAAUUUUGACGAGAAUUCCUUCCCUGGCCUGGUCGACACACCACCACCCUCUUACUCCUCUCCUGCAUGGCUCGCCAUUUCUACUCCUCCCAUCUUCACAUAUUCAAUCCCUUCCCCACCUAACCCAACUUCACCCCCACCCCGUUCCUCUUCCCCUUCCCGGCAGUCCGCCGGCUCAUCACGUCCGUCCACCGCCGCUGAUGCCCCGGCGUCCCCGCCGGCUAUGUCCUCUCGGCAAGACUGUCCUCCGCCUCCGCCGGGUAAGGUUGCACCCAGCCGGUCUCACUCGAUGGCAACUCGCAGUCAGCAUGGCAUCUUCAAACCGAAAAAGCUCUUCUCGGUUCAGGUAUCAUCUUUUGAGGUUGAACCCACUACUGUUCAGGAAGCCCUAGCUGAUCCUCGUUGGAGGGCUGCCAUGAUUGAGGAAAUUUCGGCCUUAAUGCGCAACGGUACUUGGUCGUUGGUUUCUCGACCGCUGGGUCCCAACAUUGUCGGCUGUCGUUGGGUGUUUCGCAUUAAGCGUAAUGCCGAUGGGUCUAUUGAUCGCUUUAAAGCCCGCCUGGUGGCUAAGGGGUUCACUCAACGUCCCGGCCUUGAUUAUCAUGAUACGUAUAGUCCAGUGCUCAAACCCGUCACCAUUCGGACUGUCUUUUCUAUUGCUCUUACUCAUGGCUGGCCUAUAUUUCAGUUUGACGUUAAUAAUGCGUUUCUGCAAGGCUCUCUCCAGGAACAGAUUUUCAUGGCUCAGCCCCCUGGUUUCCGUGACCCCGCUCAUCCCAAACAUGUGUGCUGUCUCUCUCGGCCUUUAUAUGGUCUUCGUCAGGCUCCCCGCUCGUGGUACAUGGAAUUAUCCACCUUCCUUCAACAACAAGGCUUUGUCUGCACCACCUCCGAUGCUUCCCUCUUUGUGUAUCACAAGAAUGCCACCAUACUGUACUUCCUGGUCUACGUUGAUGAUCUCCUGCUCACCGGCAAUGACUCCCAUGUUCUUGCUGAUUUCCAGGCUCGCCUUGCCGCCCGCUUCUCUCUCAAGCGUCUUGGUGCUGUCAACUAUUUUCUUGGCAUAGAGGUGCUCCCCUCUGCUGGUGGCCUUGUGCUCUCCCAACACAAGUUUAUUGCUGACAUUCUUCACAGGUUUCGCAUGGAGGACUCCCAACCAUCUCCCACGCCGCUAAGCUCCUCUGCUUCUCUUUGUCUCAAUGACGGUUCUCCUCCUGUGGAUGCUACUCUCUACAAGCAGGCGUUGGGUUCUCUUCAGUACUUGCUCUGCACGCGCCCCGACAUUGCUUUCGCGGUGAACAAGCUCUCUCAGUUCAUGCACUCCCCGUCCCAGCUCCAUUGGCAAUCCGUCAAGCGAUUGCUGCGCUACCUUAAAGGGACUAUGCAUCAUGGUCUUCGCCUUGCUCCAGUGUCCACUCCCUCUCUCGUUGCCUUUGCCGAUUCUGACUGGGCGGGUGAUCCAGACGACCGCACUUCCACCAUGGGUUAUCUGCUUUACUACGGCGGCAAUCUUAUCUCUUGGAAAUCCAAGAAACAGCGAUCUGUCGCACGUUCGAGUACUGAGGCUGAGUACCGCGCUGUUGCACAUGCCACGGCGGAGAUGCUUUGGGUCCAGAAUCUCCUCUCGGAACUACAUCAGCCGCCUCCACACCCCCCUGUCCUCUACAGCGACAACCUCGGCGCUGUUCACUUCUCGGCAAAUCCAGUCUUCCACUCCAGAAUGAAACACCUAGCCCUUGACUUCCAUUUCGUCCGCGAGCUAGUCCAGGCGUCUGCUCUACAUGUUCGCCACAUUCCUACAGCCCAUCAGUUGGCCGACUCCCUCACCAAACCGCUGCCCAUCACCCGCUUCCAGCUACUACGGUCCAAGAUUGGAGUCGAACCCGCCUCCAUCUUGCGGGGGCGUGAUAAGGAUAUAAAAUAACUAUUUUAUUUAUUUUGUUUAUUUACUAUUGUAUAAUGGUGGUUAGACUCUCCUGAUGUAUAGCUACACCACUCGGCACUCCUCCUUAGCUUUAGGAGUCAUUAGUUGUAACUUGGGUAUUAAACCCACAAUCCCACUCAAUGCAAAUCACGUCAUUAAUCCUCUACACUCUUCUUCUCUGGAAGGUACAUACAUGGUUUAUGGUUAUAGCAAUUAGCAAAGACCAACCUGUUGAAUUUUUUACUUUUAUCUGUAGAAUGUGAACUGAAAGUUUUUCCGACAGGUUCAAUUGGAAGGUAAAGACAAUGCCAACAGCUGACAGGAUAUCUUUAUCUUGCUGUUCUUCAGUUGCUGCAUAAUGUUAGAAACACGUUUUCCUUAAGAAAACAGGGUUUCUACCAUAAUUAUCAUUAUUGUUAUUAUUAGGUUUUCUACCAUAAUUGUGUUUCAUUAUAUUGCUACCAUGGAUUUCAAUCUUCAUUCCAUCCACGUGACACCCUAGGUAACCUAAUUACUCUAAUACUCAUCAUAACAAUAGUGUAUUGAUGCUUCAUAGCCAAACAUGCUACUGCUAUCUCUAACACCACCAUUUUACAUAAGAUCCCAAACUAUAAGUCCUGGAGUUUAGGAGAAAGCACAAUUUUGAUUCAAAUGCCAACAUAGUGGAACCAUGUUCAUCCUUGCUUGGUGUUAAGAAAUUUACCAUGUUCAACCUUAUGUCAUUUUGCAGGUCUGUGUCGAUUGAAUGCAUAUGUACCUCUUGGUAGUAUCUAUGAUUCCCUUAUACGAUGCAACUCGAAAACUACAACAUAACCUUUUCCAGCCUCACCUACUACUCAUGCAAGCCGAUUCUUCGCGGAAGCUAGAACAAUAGCUUUCAGCUAAGUGUAUGUAGUUAUAAAUAAGUUCUGAUGGUGUAAUGUAACGAAUCAUCAGUACCCAAACAAUGUGAAUAAUAUUUGGUUGUUUUAUUUUGGUGUAAAAUACACUUGCCAGUCACAAACAAAGAUUCCUUUGAAUGUAUUUGAAAAAAUUUGUAGCACACGCAACGCAAGAAAGUAAACAAAUUAUGCAAAUAAAACAAUCACAAACAAAUUCCUCUAACAUUUCACACCCGACCAAAGGCCGGGCACCAAGCUAGUUAUGAAAUUUGGGGAAAGAAACCAGUCUGCAAUAGAAGUUAUACAACGUUUGACUUGACAAACUUGAUGCGGGAUGAAUUCAGAAAAGUAAUAAUAUGACCUAUUUAUAACGAGCCAAUUCGAAUUACCUGCUUGCCUCUAAUACGAUUGAAAUUGAUUUAAAAUAGAUCAAUUUGAAAUUUGUCAAUUUAGGUUAAAUAGAUCUAUUCAGAUUUUCUGCUGGCAAAUGAGGUAGUUAAAGUUUGUUACAAUUUCUUAUCCAAACGUCUAAUUUGUCGCAGACUCUAUCCAUAGUGCUCUCCUAGAUGCUUUUUGGAGAAUUUAAUGAAAUGUAUUCUUCUGCCUGAAAAAUUUGACAAUCCCAUGGUUAGUCAUUAUCAAAUUGAAGCUGAAACUCCUCCAAAUUUCCUGGUCCAACAUCUAUGGUAAAAUUCAUAAUUACUUAGGGGUCCAUCUAUAUUGUUGUACCCAAAUAAUUGAUCAUCUUUGAUAAUUUCGUAGAUGAGAAGGUGCGACCCACAAAAUGUCAUUGAAAUCUAUUGUUUUGACAAAAUGAGAGCAUAACCAUGCAAACUAAGUUUAAAUUAAUUCGUUUUCUUGAAAUGAAAAUUUCGCUCCUUCCACAAGUGAAUGUAAGAUAAAAAAAGAGGGAUGAUAUAAAAAAUAUGUAUCCAACCGGGAUAAAAACUAUCCUAUACA